UUGUUGUCGUUUUAAAAAGAAAAAAAAACCAAAACCAAAGAAUCAAGAAUUAUUAAUUUUGUGCGCUGUGAUGUGAUAAUCAAUUGUUAACAGUAAUAUUAUGAAUUGUCAUCAGAUAUUGAGCGGUGCCUGCAAUGCAGGUGACCGGUGCUUCGCCAUUGGCUCCGUGGAAGGCAUACCAUUUACAGCAUACGCUGCUGGCUGCAAUGUCGUCAUCCUGGCAAGCACAUUCGAACGCGUCCAGAUCAUACCUGGCGCCAAUCAUGGCUAUGUUAAGAUAUCAGCGCUCGACUGUAGCACGGAUACGGGCAAAAUAGCCGCUGCCUAUGAGAAUAAAAUUUGCAUUUUUGAGCCGACACCCGUUAUAGAGUCCAGCAAGCAUAACACACACUUUUUGGACUACAGAUGGGUGCAGACGGGCUCGUUUACCAGUCACUCCAAUGUGGUGACAUUGUCAUGGAACUUGGAGGGCACACGUCUGCUCACUGGCGGCACCAAUAUUCAGCUCUGGAAGAGCAAGUCACCAACUCAUCAGGAGGAGGAACACACGGGUGUUAAAUUCGAAAUUGGUGAGAGCAAGGAGCAAACGAAGCAAACAACGAACGGAGCAAAUGGUGGACAAGGACAACAAGCGGACGAUGUGUCCACAUGGGAGAAUAUAUGGUCAUGCCAGACAGCCAUACCCAUAUACCAUAUGGCAUUUAGUCCCGAUGGCACACUGUUUGCCACCUGUGGACGCAACGAUCGUCUAGUCAAGAUUUGGUACGAGAAUAAGCAGGUGCUGUUUCCACCAGCAAAGGCAAGUGCCGCCGCCGCCGCAGCACAUGAUGCAACAGCAGCAGCAGCAGCAGCAGGAGGAGGAGGAGGAGCAACAACUGUUGCAACAACAAAUGAAUUAAACUUUACCUAUGUCUACAUUGCGCAUCCACGUGCGGUGUCCAACAUUGUGUGGCGCAAGACGAGCAAGUAUAUGCCCAAGGGCUCGGUGGCCAACAUGCUGGUGACCAGCUGUCUGGACAACAUUUGCCGCAUUUGGAUUGAGACAGUGCUGCCGGACGACGGCAUGGUCAACAUGACGCAAUACGAUCCGAUGGCAUCGCAGAAUCCCAAGUUUCGCACACAUCGGCACAAGCAUCGGUUCAUGCAGCGGCUGAAGCAUAUGAAGACCUGCUUCCAUCUGCGGCGCCACAUGAAGGCGGGACAAGCGAAUGCGGCAGCAGCUGCAGCCGCCGCCGCCGCAGCCGCCAGCAAUGCGUCGGGCAUUAAUCUGGGACUGGGCAGCGGCGGUGCGAGUGCGACGACCAGCUUUAAUAACUAUCAAGGACCCAUACCAUCGUUGCCUUCCUCAUGCAGCGUACACGAUUUCCAUUCGUACGGAUUUCAGGGCUCCGGCGUAACGCCUGGCAUGCAUUUCCAUUUGGCGGCAUCGAUCAAUGCCGAGACGGACAUACCGCUGGUGCCUUCGAUGCAGACCUCGGAUCCGGCCAACCAGAACGUCUUCAUCUUGCACUGGCUGAACAACAAGGAGAUGCAUUUUACGCUGCAAGCUGAGGCCAUACUCCAGGAGCUGACCAAGAAGGUCAUCGACGAGGAGAACGCGCCCAGCCACGGCCACGGCCAUGGCCAUGGGCAUGCACAGGAUAUGCCCGACGAUGCAAGCAAUCACAAUCAUAGCCACAACAAUCACAAUGCCAAUCACAAGAAGCUGCUGCGCAACUCCAAGUCCGUGUCCGUGGACGACAGCGCCGAGGAGCUGAGCAAGUAUUCGCAGCAGACGCAGGCGGCGCUGCAGCUGAACUCCAUGUCCAAUACAACGUCGCAGAACUCGCUGAACCAGGUCGAGCACAAUCCGAUUAAUCAGCUGGUGGACUCGCUGGACAAUAAGAUUGAAUGUCUGCUUAGGGAUUGGCAUCAGUCACCGGAUCUGCUGUUCGCCAUUCAUCCGGUGGAUGGCAGCUAUUUGAUUUGGGUCAUCGAGUGGCUGGACGACUAUUAUCCUGGCUCGUAUAGGCAGGCGCAGGUGUCGUUCUCCACGCGCAUACCCGCUGCAUUUCCUCUGGGCGAUGCCAUGAGCAUGAGCACUACGGUCAGUCUUUAUAAUACGGGCACGCAUCCUUUGGCCUUUAGGGAUAUUGCCAACAAUGUGCGCAGCAAGGAUGAUUUGAAUAAAACCAACUCGGAGCAGAAUUCGCUGCGCAGCGAGCAGCAGCUGGACAGGCACGAUGAGCAGGACGAGGAGGAGCAGCAGCAGCAGCAGCAGCAAACGGAGCAUGAAGACGAUGAGGAGCAGCAGCCGCAGUCGGCGGCGCAGUCACAAUCGGGCGCUUCGGCUGGCGCUGGUGCGGAUAAUUCAUCAAGUGCCACGCCCAUACCGCUGCCACUGAAUGUGUCGCCCAGCGUCAGCAUGGUGACCAAGCACUCCAAUGGCACGCUGAAUCUUUGGCAGUUGACCUUUGCGUUUAAGACGAAGUUUACGCAAGUGCUGAGCAUUGGGCACGUCUCGCGUGCGUCCGGACAUCGCUUCCGUGUCAAUGAUAUUACCUGUCAUCCGGUGCUGCCGCUGCUGGUGUCCACCUCGCAUCACAAUCUGUGCGAUACGGAGGCCGGCACGCCCAAGUCGCCGCAGCCAAAGGAGCCGCCGCCGACGCCGCCGCAGGAGCAGAACAAGGACAUGGAGCAGGACAAGGCCGUGGGCACGCCCACUGGCUUCUGUUCGGAGCUUAUACUGUGGCGCGUCGACUCGGUUGGCCCGCUGUGCCACUCGGGCGGCGUCAGCGAACUGGCGCGCAUUAAUUCGCCAGAGAUUAGCGCGUUCAGCAAUGUCGCCUGGAUUCCAACGCUGCUGCCAAGCACUACGCUGGGCAGCUACAGCAACUCGCCGUCCGCCUGCUUUGUGGCCAGCGAUGGCGAAAAUCUGCGCGUCUAUCAGGCUGUCAUCGAUGCACGCACGCUGCUGGCGGAGAUUAGCUGCUCCGAGAAUCUGAAUACGCUGCACAAGACGCACUCGCUGAGCUCGAUGAUCUCCAAUGCCAGCUCCACGCUGAAGGCGCAACGCAAUGCGCUGCACGACAAGCUCAAGGUGGUGUCGCAGCAGUCGACAGCGCGUCCCGGCUGCAUACUCCAGCUGGACGCCAUUUGCGAUGCCAAGCACGACUGGCAGAACACGCAGUUCCUGCAUGUGUAUCAGGCGCAGCUGAUCACGGGCGGGCAGCGGCAGCAGUCGCAACAGUCGCAGGAGUCGUCGCUGCAUGCGCUGCUCGAGUCCGACAUGGACGCCAUUGUGGAUCUGCAGCGCAAUGCGGACUUCGAGGAGCCCUUCUACAUAGUCAACAUAGAGAAGACGCUGCGCGGCAGCACUGUGCACAUGUGGCGCAUUGUGAUCAGCUCCAAGCAGCAGAACUCAUUUCUCUCCGAGACUGCAAUGUAUGUGCCCGACAGCAACUUGACGCAGGAGGAGCCGGACACAGAUGCGCAGGCGCAGGCGCAGCAGCAGCAGCAGCAGCAGCAGCAGCAGCGACGCAAUAGCCAAGGCGGUGAAACUUUAACGGGCGCCGAGCAGUUUGGUGUGAAUGUGGAGGCGCCACAUAUUUCCAUAACGACGCGCAAGGUUUGCACGCAGGAGCUGCCGCUGCCCGAGGGCGUUGAUGUUAUACACGCUUCGCCAGCCGCUGGUCACUUGAGCAGCUCCAGCAUCUAUCCGGCGUGCUUUGCUCCCUAUAUUAUAGUCACCGCCUGCUCGGAUGCUGUGUCGCGUUUCUGGAAGUGCGAGGCCAGCGCCGAUGGUGAGAGCUAUGUGUGGUCCGAAUGGAAAAUGUUUAGCCGCAUACAGGAGUCGGCUAUUGAAAUACCAGGACAGCCGUUGAACAUAAGCGCCGCCUACUCCGGACGCAUUGCUUGUGCCUAUAAGUACGGCAAGAGUUUUACGCGUCCACAUCGCGGCGAUCCGGACUCGCGCUAUGUGAAUCUGUGCGUUGCCAUUUACGAGUGUGAGAGCACUGGGGGCAGCGAGUGGGUGCUGGAGGAUACGAUUCAUUUGAAGAACGUGCACCUGCCACGCAUCAACAUUGGCCAUGGCAUCGAUCUGAGCUACCUGCACGACAGUCGGCUGCUGGCCAAGAAGCAGCGUCUCAAUCAGGUGCUGCACAACUUUGCGGCGCAUGAUACGGAAACGCGCACGCCACGCAGCGGCGAGACUACGCCGGAGCUGAAGCAAACAGCAGCUGUGGGACUCUUGACUGUGCCCAGCUUCAGCACAUUGCAGAGUCUGCGCAAGAGCAUCGCCGAGAAUGGGAACACGUGUCCGCUAACGCAGAAGCAUCUGGUGCAGCUGGACUGGGUGUCCAAGGAGGAUGGUUCGCAUAUUUUAACUGUCGCCGUGGGUUCCAAGAUUCUGCUUUACACGCCCGUCAGCUCGGACAUAGCGCAGGCCAACAUCAAAGCCAUGAAGGAGUCGCGCAGCGUUAAUCGCCCCAUACUGCGAAAGGCCAGCUCGCUGGCUCAGCCCAACUUUGUGGAUGAAAUACGCUGGAUGAAGCUGCGUCAGAUUGACCUGCAAACGGCCGAUGGGUUGCCCGCACUGCCCAUGCAAAUCUCUUGGGUGCGCGACGGCAUCUUGGUCGUCGCCAUGGACUCCGAAAUGCAUGUCUACUCCCAAUGGAAGCCGCACUAUGGCGUCAACUUUAUGAGCGCUGCGGCUACGGCGGCGCUGCAUGCAGCCGCGGCGCAGGAGCAGGAUCUGGACAAUCGCAAUUUGCGCGACGAGGAUUUGCGCACGCUGGCAAACGAGUCGACGCAGCUGCGACUCAAGAAUGUUGCCUCGAUGCCGCUGAUAAGCAAAGUGAGCACCGCCAAUUUGCAGCUGCUGCAGCACGACAAGAAGCGGCGCCUGGUGGCCAACGCCAGCAUGGCCAACAUGCAGCAGCUGGCGGAUGACGCGGCGGCGGACGCAGCGUCGCCCAGCGAUGAUUACAUGACCGACUUUGGGCUGUUCCAGGCCUCGCGCAUUGCCUGCCCCGUGCUGCCGCAAUAUCAUCCCAAGCAGCUGAUGGAGCUGCUCAACUGCGGCAAGAUACGUUGGGUGAAGGCCAUACUGGCGCAUCUGGUGCGCUGCAUGGGCGGCGCCAAUGCUGCUGCCGCCGGCGGCGGCGGUGGCCUGAUGCAGGCGGAUAACGACAGCGAUGCGGCCACCAAUGCGGGCAACUCGAAUGGCGCACGUCAGCGCAGCUGGUCGAGAUCGCGCACACUGAGCAUCAGCUACAAUGCGGACAGCAGUCAGCUGCAGGCGGAGCAGCGCGGCAGCACCACGCAGAUACCCGAGGAGCUGAUGCUGGACUAUGCGGAGAUCAAUUCGAUACCGCCGCUGCCAUUGUGGGUGCUGCUCAAUGCCGAUCGGGAGCAGCAGGGUCAGGCUGCUGGCGGCGGCGGCGCCGAGGCGGACAAGGACUAUGAUGAGCUCUUCGAUAUGCACAACUCGGAGGACAAUCUGGAUGAGCUGCUGGGCGAUGCGGGCGAUCAGAAGCGUCAGGAGCGUCGCUUGAGUUUGCCGGAGAAGCAAAGCAUUGCACACUUUGGUCCACGCCAGGGACAACUGCUGAGCCGUCUGCUCACGCACACGCAUUUGCCUGGCCUCAGUUCGCUGGAUCAGAUGCACUUGCUCGCGCUGGCCGACACGGUGGCCAAUUGCAAUACCGACUUUAGCGAUAAGUUUGCCACAGAUUUGGGCAAGCAGUCGGCGCAGAGCAAUGCGGCCAAUGCUGGCGGCGGCAAGGAUGCGCUCGAUGAUUGUGGACUGCGCUUUCUGCUGGCCAUGAAGCACUUUGGCUACCUGCUGCGCUGCCUGCCGCUGCAGCAGCGCGCGCAGUUUCAGCGCCAGGGCGUGGGCACGGCCAACAUUGUGUGGGCCUAUCACUCGGAGAGCGAGGAGGAGCUGCUGGACUUGAUUCCCAGCUACAGCAAGGGCGAUCUGCGCUGGGCCACGCUGCGCGAUCUGGGCGUGGGCUAUUGGCUGAAGAACAUCAAUACGCUGCGACGUUGUGUGGAGAAGCUGGCCAAGUGCGCCUAUCAGCUGAAGCAGGAGCCGCUGGACGCGGCCAUUUACUAUCUGGCGAUGAAGAAGAAGAGCCUGGUGUGGGGUCUGUUCCGCUCGAAGCGGGACGAGAAGAUGACCACGUUCUUUGGCAACAACUUUGCCGAGGAUCGCUGGCGCAAGGCGGCGCUGAAGAACGCCUUCGUCCUGCUGGGCAAGCAGCGCUUCGAGCAUGCGGUCGCCUUCUUCCUGCUGGCCAACUCCCUGAACGACGCCAUCGAGGUGUGCAUGAACAAGCUGGAGGAUUUCCAGCUGGCGCUGAUCAUAGCGCGUCUGUACGAGGGCGACGCCGAGGGCUCCUAUUAUCAGCGACUGCUCUACGAGCACAUACUGGGCACAGAUGUGACCACCGCCCAGCAGGAUUUGACGCGCGCGCAUCCCGAUCCCUUCCUGCGCAGCAUGACCUACUGGAACAUCAAGCGCUACCAGGAGAGCCUAAACACGCUGCUGCUCACCAAUGUGGGCAGCCUGCAUAGCAACUACAAGGAGGAGGAUGCUCUGAAGCCGGAGCUGCCCGCCCAUGCCACGAAUCCCAAUGUAUUCAAUUUCUAUAUCUAUCUACGCACACAUCCGCUGCUCAUACGGCAGAACAUUGCGCUCUCCGCGCAGGAGAAGCGUCUGGCCCAUGUCGUGCUCUCCGGCUUCAGCUACGCCGGCGAGGCGGGACUCAAUGCCAACGAUAAGCAGCUGCAGCUGGAGGACAGCAUCACGGCCAUUGAGCGGCAGCUUUACUUUACCACAGCCCAUGGACACUUCAAGUCCGGCUGUCCCGCUCUGGCGCUGGAGGUGCUCAACAAGCUGCCCUCCAAGAUUAGCGAUGGCGAUGCCGCCGCUCAGCCGCCCACGGAGCAGCAGCUGGCCAACAAGGAUGAGCUCAUCAAUUCGGGCAUUAUGGCCCAAUGGCAAGAUUCAACGCCAGCGCCAGCGUCAGCCUCAGCCGCUGACUUUGACUGGAGCACACCAGCAGCUGCGCCAGCAUCUUCAGCUGCCGACUUUGACUGGAGUGCGCCAGUGGCGUCCAGCCUGGAUGAGCCCAAGUUUGAGCUCAAGUGGGACGAUGAUGAAGAAGAAGAAGCAGCAGAUGAGGAAGCAGCAGCACCACCAGUUGCAGCUGCAGCUGCAGCUCCAGUUACUGCGGCAGCUGCUGCUACCAGCGAAUCCAAAAUGGACAUAAUGGCGCAACAGCUGAAAUUCGUUGCCUGCCUCAAGAUUCUCAUGGAGGAGCUGAGCACGCUGGCCACCGGCUUUGAGGUCGAUGGUGGGCAGUUGCGCUAUCAGCUCUACAUGUGGCUGGAGCGUGAGGUGGAGGCACUGAAGCAGCUCUGCAACUAUUGCAGCUCGGAUCAGGCGCAGUCCGAUGGCGAUGCUGACACUGGCGACAAGGAUAAGGAUAUGCAGGCAAGCAUUUGUCCCAGCACAGAGCGACCGACGCUGCAUGAGAUUCUCAUGCAGGACAAACAGGACUUCGAGGCCAAAGUGCUGCGUGCGGCCAAGCGCAAGCGUUGGCUCAAAGCCAACGAGACGCUGCUGCGCACGCUGCUCAGCUAUUGCUCGCUGCAUGGUGCGAGCGGCGGCGGCUUAGCCUCGGUGCGCAUGGAGCUGGUGCUGCUGCUGCAGGAGCUGCAGCAGGAGAAGACCCAACAGCAGCUGCUCAGCCCGCUGCCAUUCCCCACAACGCUGCCGCUGCUGAGCGCUUGCGUCGCUGGCAACAAGACGGUCAUAGCCGAUCCCAUCAAGUAUUUGCAAUCGCAGACCGUGGACAUGCUGCAGAGCAUUAUCAAGCUGCUGCCAUUCCCGGGACUGGAGCCGAGCGCACUGAGCGAGAUCUUUGUGCUGCGCGAUCUGGCGGUGGCGCUGUCCUCGUGUAUUUAUCAGUCGCUCUGCGAUUCGGAGAGUUUCGUGGUGAACAAUGCGGCCAUCAAUGGCUAUCCUAGUCCCGGCAUUGAGAACAUUGCCAAAAUCAAUUCGUCCUUUGAGUGCAGCUAUCUGGUUGGGAGUCGCAAUGCGUUCCAUCGUCGCCGCAAAUAUUCGACAGAUGAGCCCGCUGGCAUUUGCACUACGCCCAGCAAAUGGCCGGGCGUAACCAAUUUGCGUGCGCUGCUGGCGCGUGAGAAGGAUGAGGAUGUGCCCAAGCUGAAUGUGCUGCUGCUCGAGUCCUUUGUGAGCACCUAUAUGGCGCUCUUCAUUUACUCGCUGUCCACCUGCGACAGUCGCUUGCUCUAUCGCCUCAGCGGCCAGAGCUUCAGCAAUGACACCUGGUCCACGCUCUUUGGCGGCGGCAUGAAGAAGCUGCUCAUCAAGCCGGCGACCACUCAGCACCAGCAUCAGCCGCUGGGUCAGGCUCAGGCUGCGCUCCAGGCGGCCACUGGUGCCUCCGAGGAUGGUGCCAAUGUGGAUGAGAAUAGCGUUUGGAAUACCGUCACGUCCAUUACCAAGCAGCGCAUGAAGCUCAACAUGAAAAUCUUGGGCGGCUUCAGUCAGAGCAGCACGUCCAGCAACAUGAAGGAGGACAAGCCGACGUACCGUGAACAGUUCAUGCCGCCAGAGACAUCCAUGUUGUCCUAUUUCCUAACCAAACCCCCAGGCACAGACUGCGAUGACUACGACACCGACGAUUCGCACGAGUCCGAUGGCGAGGAGGAGGAGGAUGAUGACGACGAUGUCAAUGUGAGUCGCUCACAGUUGAGACCCAAAGACAAUAUCGAGCACACCAAUCCCACAUCCUAUUCGUGGAGCAUUCUGCGCUUGGCGCUCAUCAAGAUCAGCACGCAUAAGAUACAGGAGUUCAUCAAGGUGGCGGGCAUCGAGCUGCAAGAUCUGCCUGUGAUCAGUCCAUUGUCGCACGAGGUGCUGCGCACGCUGAAUCGUUGGCAAGAGUUUGCGUUGAGUGAUUUGAUUGGGCGUGGUCCGCCCUCGCGUCAUUAUAUUCCGGGCUGCUAUGCGGAGAGCGGCAUCAAUGGCAUUGGCAUACACAAGUAUCGCUCGCUGCUGAACAAGGACAAUACGCCGUUUAUAACGGGCUCGUCGGCGGGUCCGAUACGCCGGCUGUGGAACUAUCUGGUGCGGCAGGAGCCCACCCAGGAGGUGUUCAUCAAGAGCAUCUUUGGCAAAUGCAACGAGCCGAGCGCACGCAGCUCCCAUCACCACACAUCGUCAUCCCAUCACCAUCAGCACGACAACGAUACGGAUGAGGGCCAAUCGCACUCAACGAACGAGAACUCAGAUCACAUACGCAUCAUCCAUAAGGAUCAUGAAUCCAUUUUGACAUUCUGCUUGAAGAACAACAGCUCAUCGAUGAUUGCAUUGGCGAAUCCGCGCGAGAUUCAAGAGAUUGAUAUCUCGCUGCUGCUGGAGUCGCCCAAUUGGUAUGAGGAUGAGUGCGACUAUGAUAUGAUGAAUCUAUCCAAAGAUGCGGAUACGAAUAGUUCAGCUUUUCUCAUUAUCAACUCGCAGGAGCAGGCGCAGUUUGGUGCUGGCAGCGCGUACAGUGAAGCCAGCGUAAGCACACAGAGCGCCUCGCAGUCGGGCCGCGGCACGUCCAUGGUGCUGCGUCAUAAGAUCGACAAUGUCAAACGCAUGAGUGCGCAUCCUUUGAUGCCGCUGUAUCUUACAGGCGGCCAAGAUGGUUCGGUGCAGAUCUGGGAGUGGGGACAUCAGCAGCCGGUUUGCUGUCCACGCACCUCGGGCACCUUUGCCAAAGUCACGCGCUGUCGCUUCUCCGAGCAGGGCAACAAGUUUGGCAUCGGCGAUGGCGAUGGCAAUCUGAGCCUCUGGCAGGCGGGCAUCGCCUCACAAAACAAUCGAUCCUUCAUUACAUACCAGUGCCACAAUAAGAAUCUAUCGGAUUUCGUUUUCUUAGGCUCUUGCAGCUUGCUAGCUAGCGCUGGCCAAAGCUCUGAGAACAAGAAUAUUAAUAUUUGGGAUACGCUUUUGCCGCAUAAAAAGUCCUGCGUCUCUGCGUUUACCUGUCAUGAUCAGGGCUCUUCCUGUUUGGUAUUUGCACCACAGCAUCAGGUGCUCAUCUCUUGUGGUAAACGUGGCGAUAUUUGUGUAUUUGAUGUGCGACAACGAACACUGCGACAUCGCUAUCAGGCACACGAUAGUACUAUAAAAUGCAUAGCACUGGAUCCGCACGAGGAGUUCUUUGUCACCGGCUCCAUAGAGGGUGAUAUAAAGAUCUGGGAUAUGAAUCAGUUUAUGUUGAUCAAUACGUUCCCGCAUGAGCAUGCCAAGAAUGGAUUCUUCAAGCACACCGGCCAGGGUGUUAGCCAGGUGUAUGUGGAUCCAUUUGGACGUCUCUUCUCCUGCGGCUCCGAUGGCUGUAUGAAAGUGCGAUUGCUUGUAGAGAAGGAUAACAUUGUGCACUCGGUGUAUUAAAAGCGCUAAUGCUGCUAUACUGCGACUUACUAAUGUCUCUACCAAUCUAAAUGCAUAUGUGUGUGUGUGUGUGUGUGUGUGUGUGCGUGUGUGUUGUCCUAUGUUGUUUUGUUUUUGUACACGU